ACCCCCACCUUUGCCCGCCACUAUAUAAUGAUGGCAGAGCCGUGCUCGCUCAAGGCGAUGCGAGUUACGUUUGCGAUUACGGCCUCUGAGACGGGGCUCCGGAGAGAAGCAGAGAGACAUCUGUGAUAUUGAACAACGCCGGUCUACAUUAGUCUCAUGCAACUCAACACAACUGUUGAACGUUGUUUUAUUUUAGAUAUCUUGAGCUGUCAUACACACAGAUCUACAAGUCCCGAAGCGAUGAUGCUGCUGCUGCUGCCCACUCCUCUGCUGGUGGCGACCUUCUGCCUCCUGGUGGGCACGUCCGGGACUGCGUCGGGCAGCCCCACGAUCUCUCUCUCCAGCCCCAGCCAGAGAGGAGUCCUGCACGGAGCGUCAGAACAGCCUCCACCCCGGACCUUGGGAGCGACUCGGAUGACGGGCACCCAUCGCUCGAGCCGUCUCCUCCCUCUGAGCGGCGGUGCACGUGCGGAGGACGCUACUCCGGCAUCUCAGCCGCCACCGCCGCCGCCGCCGCCGGGCAGCGCCAGGUUGAGCUCGCGAGGGCGCAGCAACAAGCCCACGCUGGUCUUGUUCGAGCUCGACGACGAUGAAGACGACUACGAAGAUCCUACUCCGAUCCCGGCGAGAAGCCCGCCCCCCAUCGUGGCGACGGAGAAACCGCCCCGGGUGAAGCCGGAGCCGCCCCGUCCGCCGAAGACGCCGAUCGUCAUCGAAACGGUCGACGACCCCGACGACCCCGACGACGACGGAGACGACGGCGGAGCCACCGGCGGCGGAAAGAAAGCGCCUCUCGUCCCGCCGCGCCGAGGCGACGUGAUUUGCGACUACGACCCGUGCCGGCACGGCCAGAAGCCCUGCCACGUCCUGCAGCAGGAGACAGGCUGCCGCUGCGCCGGCGUCGUCGAGAACAAGAAGCCCCAGGCGCCGCGACUCCACAAGGUGGACUUUGCAGACGACCUGACCGUGGAGGUGCAGUGGUGCGCGCCGGAGUCGCAGGUCCUCGACUAUUACCUGCGCUACCAGGAGGAAGGCGACGUGCGGGAUCACCGCACGCACCAGAUACACCCGACGUGGCGGCGCUUCACGCUGCGCAACCUGGUGCCCUCGAGCCGGUACAACGUGUGCGUGGUGGCGGUCAACGCCGUCGGGGAGAGCGAGUGCGUGCGGGUGCCGUUCGAGAUGCCGCGGGCGUACCGGGAGGUGGUCAUGGCCUGCGCCCUCGCCGCUUUCUUCGCGCUGCUCGUGGUCAUCGCCGUGCUGGCCGCCUGCCUGUGCCGCAGGAGGUACAGGGAGAAGAACCGCGUGCUCAUUACGCGCUACAACAGCGAGGACCUGGUCAGCGCCCAGAACCCCGUGUUCACGGACGAAUUUGCAAAGGUGGAUCAGGUGGUCCACCUGGAUUUCAGCACGUACGGCAAGGCGUGACGACUGCCCGACGGCACAAAUGACAUUGAGCAAGAAACACUGUCUUUUAUAUGUUCUGAAUACACUGUAGUCUUAUUCCUUUUUGAGUUGUCUGCUCAAAUGGCAGGCCCCUGCAUCAAUUUCCCUCCAUCUCAUCCAAUCGUUGGUCGCACAUCUCCGUACAGGACAGAAUGUAGGUGGCACCAUAAUCCGAUGCAGAUUAAUGUCAAAACCAAGAUAACUUAUUUUUAUGGUUCGGUUCUUAAUGGUGGUGGAUGGGUAGGCUUAUUAUUUCACCUAAUUGCAUUCAAUUAUUCAAGUAACUUUGCGUUGUUUGAUAAUGUACUUACACUUUAACUAUGUGUGCAUUCCAACGUUUUCACUGAAAAUGCUUUGUUGCACGAGUAUGUCGUGUCUGUCUUUUUUAAUGGUGUGGGUGUAAUUUAAAACAUGUUUGGAAAGAAAAAAGCGAAAACAUAUUUUGAAAAAUGGUCAAUGAACAUAUCUUUUACUUGCGUGGUGGUGGUGAAUUAUGCUGUAUAUUUGAUUUUUAAAUGAUGCGACGACUGCUUACUGGAUUUGUAUAUAUGGUACUUACUUAGCAGCUUAUGAGUUCUAAACAGAAGAUGUAACGGUUAUUGAAAGAUGUAAGUUAUAUUUCAUCGUUUUGUAUUUAUUUCGAGAAUUGACCCCAUUCAAUAAAUUUUCUAAUAUU